CCACUACAUACGCACUCACACGUAUAGAUAUCACACCCAUCACGUGACCCACCCCUCACUGCACAGGCCGUGCACCCGUCCGUGUGUCUUAUGUGGCGUUAGUCUGCCCCACGGAAAAAUUACACACUCACUCCCUAACAUAGCUCAGCCAUCCAUCCAUCCAUCGCCAGCGACCACACGAUGGAGCGUCCGCCAUCAAAACGCAGGUAUCUCUUGACGUGUCUCGGGCGGUACGAGCGAGCGAGGUGACUAAGCAUACGUUUCAAUUCAUGUAUAUCUCUCUCAACACAAAAACCACAAACAGGAGAAGCUCAUUGGUCAAUAGGUGGUAGAUCGAUGGGCAUUCACGCACUUUUACCGCAUCACGUCACAUCGGGUGUGAUGUGCACAUGUACAAAAAAAGACAAAACGUUGAUGGGAUAAGGGAUAGACUGACGCCUAUGUGCAUGCAUGCACACGUACACACACACACAUACACACGGGCACCCACCCGUACACAGUCCAUGCACCACUGUCGAUGAAUUAGAGAAAACUGUCGCCGGCCCACCCAUACACAGGCAGACAGACAUCUCGUAGACAUACAGUAAUACAGACAAGUCAGAUAGGUGAGCGAAUGAGUAAGUGAGUGGGCCGGCUGGCGUGCCCACUCCUGGGUCUGUGCACGCAUCUUUGGGCGCCUCGCCGGCCGGCCACCCAUAUAGCUCAUCCACAGUCAUUCAUUCCCAUACUGCCUGCCCUGCCUGCCUACGCGAAAAAUGUGGGGGGCCAGUUCAGACAGACAGACAGGCAGACAGACCGACAGGGCAGAUAGACAGACCCGUGUACACCACUUGCUGAGACUUGACCCGAGACAGAAAAUUGCCCGUUACAUGUGUUUGUACAUGUAUAAAAUGUGCGCUCUGUGGGGCACACGCAGAGGCAGGCCAGCCACACAACGAUGGACACAUAUAUGCGCUUCCGCCCCCCUUUUGUCUGAUAGCCUGGCCUGUCUGACAUUGUCGAAUUAUGCACCCCAAUAGGUGUAUCGAUUCAUUGAAUUAGACAGUAUGCAUGUAAGUAUGUAUGUAUGUAUGUGUGUAUGUAUACACAAAAUGCGUGUACAUGUCGUGUGUAUACAAAAACGCGUUCGUUUCAUUCAUGCACAGCACAGCACAGCACAGCACAGCACGGCACGGCACGGCACGCACAAUACGGGCUGGCGUAGGCAGCUCAAAAAGGCACGGCUAAGCUAAGCCGCCCGAGCAAGCCCACACCACCCACCCAGCCAGCCAGCCGUGUGUACCUGUACUCAUACACAUCGCCCGACCAAUACAUAUAUACAUACGCAUACAGAUGCGCAUACACAUAUACAUCAUAGACAGACCGCCAGCUCGCUCCCUCAUCCUUCACGUCCGUCCUGCAGUCGUUCCUUCAUUCCUUCACACGCAAUCAUUUGCUGCGAUGCUCGCACUCGGCCAAGCAAACUUAUUGCCAUCCGGAUGGGAGCAAUUGCGAUCCAUACACACACGUACAUAGAGCAAGAACGAAUACGUGCAGAUAGAACAGAAGAGGGACACACAAGAGAUACACACGGAGACUGGCUGGGCGCACCCGUCAGUCACUCGGCCGGUGUCUCUUUCGGCCGGCCGUCGACGAAUGAUGGAUGGAUGUAUCGCCUCUCGCAUGCGUGUCGGCCGUGUGCAGUGAGUCAGCAAGUGAGUGGAUGAGUGAGUAUGAUCGUAGGUAUGGUAGGAUUAUGUUGGUGGGUGUACGCCAAAACCACAAGAAAUGAGUAAGACAAUCAGUGAAUGAAUCAACCAAUGCGGUGAGCCGAACCAGCAGCAGCAAAGCAGGCCGAACACGCACACACACGCACAGACACACACAAACAGACAGACAGACAGAGAACAGCACACGCACCCUCCGUCUCUUUCCCUCGCUCGAACCCAUCAAUCAAUCAAUCAAUCAGUGAAGAUACAGCCGCACGCACAGCCAGACACAUCCAGAUACCGUUCCUCCCUGCUCACGUCUUUUUUCCUUCAUCAGCCGCUGCCUUUCUCGUCAGCCAGUCGCCUUAUCAAAACCCUCAAUGGGCACCAGUCAGUCGUUCAUCACACACGUCUCACGUCUAUACACGAUGUCUAUGUAUGUACGUAUGUAUGUGUGUACGUAUGCAUGGGUACGCAAUAUAGGCGAAUACGCAGCUGAUGUCAACCGGUCGAUUGAUGUAGGGGCCGGCCACUGAGGCAGCCCAGCGACAGAAAAUAGACUAGAGAGCAAAGCAAACAGGGGGGGAAGGAUCCAACACACCAACAUACCAAAACCUAAGUCCUAGCAUACAUGAGUCCCACUGACUGGCCACUCCCUCCCUCCCCCCCUCCCUCCCUCUCUCUCCUCUCUGACUGUCUGUGUGUGCACCCCUGUGUCCGCCAUGACGCCUGGCAGGUAAGCUGGCUAUGAGCGGUCGUUUUGGAUGAGCCGGAUGCCCUCGUCAGCGGGGUCCGACACCGGCGAGAUGGAAUCGACGGAUGAGGCGGCGUCGCCGCAGCCGUUGGAAGCAGCGCAUGGGUGGUCAGGGUCAUCAGACUCGUCCCACGACUCACCCACGUCGUCCGACGGACCGCCCCCCUCACCCUUCCUUUCUUGCCCCUUGGCUCUCUUGCGCCGCGCGUUGACCCCCUUCUGCUGCUGGCUCCCCUUGUCCUCGUCGUGUGUCGGGUCCCCUCCAUUGUCAAGGAUGGAUUUGACACCCGCCCCCCGGUCUCCCCGAUCGCUGGUCUUGUGCCGCCAGUGGUAGUGGCACUGCCGCAGCGGCGAGCGGUCCCCCUCCUCUGUAUCCUCCGUGUGGUCACUGCACCCUGACGGCCACUCACAGGACAUGUCGUGAAUCGCUGACGUGGCGGGCGUGCUCGCCGUUGUGGGCGUGAUGAUGCCCCGCUUGUCGCCCAGGGACCAGCCGUACUGGCGCCGCUGAGAGGGUGAGAAUCCCACGAUGUGGAAGGGGUCGCGUGCGGACCGGCUGGAUGGGCGUGGGAGGGCCUUGCGGGAGGGAUGGUGGGGCACGCCGGGGAGGUGGGGGGAGGAGUGUAGCUUGUCGUGGCAGGGCUCGGACGGGGCAGUGGACGUGCCGUCCACGGAGUCACUGUCGCCCUCUGCUGACAAUCCUGAAUGGCACACAGCAGCAAUCAGAACGGAUAUGGCAGAGGGAAUGGAGUGGCACAACCUCCACCCCCGUGCACCCGCCCUGCGCCAGCAGUGAGCCCACCUUGAGUUUUGUUGAUGCAGGGCAGCCUGAACGAGCGCUGCGACAGACAAAACUUGAACGGGCCCGUGCCUGACGAUGUCAUCUUGUCGGCGGCUUCUGGCACACUCACUGAAUGGGCUCUCUACCCGCAGGGCAAUGCCACACACACACUGUUGCGUUCCUGCCCGCUACUCUCUCCUUUGUUGUUUGCUUCGCGCAC